AUGAAGAAGCCGUGGAAAUCAACGCCCAGCAUGGCUUCCAGUACUCAGCCUGUUGAUAUCCAACAGUCCAAUAUUCGCGGCAGGAUAUCAGGGCCUGUCCCUAUUUCGACUUCUCUGGAUGACGAAUUUCCAAUUCGCAAUCCCGGUACCAGUAUUGCGACACCUCUCCAGGAUGAAUUUACAGAAUCGCAACCAGAGCCUACCCUCUUGCGCAACGAUUACAAACCUCCUGGUUUCCCAGAGUCUCGGGUCGGGUCCCACAGAGAAGAGCCACGAUCGUCAAUGCAUGCUCGACAGCAUGGUGCAACGAGCCGGCUGCAAAAGUCUGAACCAUCUAACAUAAGGCAUUCUUUUGUUAGUGCAGACACGAGGGACAGGGAACGCCCACAACGAAAACAAUCAACUCUCCGUGGCGCCUUGGGCAAACUCUUCAACAGAAAGAAGAAACCCAAUGGCAACGACAGCUUAAAUAACACUGAUUCAGAAGCCGGGUCGACACCAAUGCCCUCUGGGCCUUACCGCGGAUCGGCAGUCGAGGAUGGUCAGACACAAGACUCGGUGCCCAGUCUAAGCCAAAGGGACAGGUCAGCUCCUAGAUCACGGACUCGACCUUUCCCAGGGGCAGAAUCGAAGAGGUCCGCUUCUCUGCCUAUUACCGAGUUUGAUCGCGCAUUGAGAUCUCAUUCGAUUCGUCCAGAAGAUGUUCGCGCCAUUGAAAGUGCGCGCAACUCGCUAAGCGCUGACUUCGGCCUAUCUCAAGCCCGGAUAAGUGUGACGAGAUUGCGCGAGUAUAAUUUGGCGGGGCUUUCACCACGGCCUGCAAGCAGUCACGGUCGGGAGAGUCGGCAAGAGCACAACGAAGAGAAUGCAAAUGAGAUUGGGCGCGCAAUCACGAGUGAUCUCCCUGGAAUGAGACGGAGAUCGCGAAGCUUGUCGGGUUUGCCAGAGGAGGGUCUUGGUCUCAACCGAAAACGCAGUGACGAAAUCAAGUACUGGAGAGAAAGUUACGAUCCUACAUUCAUGCCUCCUGUAUCCUCCAACCCCAUAGAGAGUGAGACCGCUCUCGAAGCGGAAGUUGAGCAGGCUCAGCAUGAUCAGGAGGAACAUCCGCAGCUACCACAACCAGAGCCUUUUAACUUUGGUUCCUUUGCAGACAUGAAGCAAGUUGGCAGCAUGAAGAUCACACAUGUAGCGAACUUGGAGACGAGAAUUAACAAUCUUGAGUCACGAGUUUAUCGGCUAGAGCAGGCUCUCGACCGAAUGUGUGAUACUCCUCCAAAUCGCCGGCCGCAUCUCGGACCACCGGAUCGACCAGCGCCUUCUAUUCCAAUUGAUGAUCAUCAAGGGGCAAACUUAUCAAGCUAUCAGGCCGGUCGAAUCAAGCGAGAUUCCAGAAAGGACUCGAAUCGUUUCAGUGAUUACCACCAAAAAAUGAGUCACAGGGGAAGCGUAUUCCUUGAUCCCUAUUCUUCAGCUAUUCUGAGUGACGACAAUAAAAACCGACCUACCUCGACAGCAACUAUCCGUGGUGCAGCCAGCCUUCCUAGUCUUCUCAAGGACGCCCCUGAGGUAUUUACAAUGGACCAUUAUACAACGCUUCUGGCCUUGGUACGCACAGAACGCUCCGCACGAGAAGCCUUAGAGACUCAGGUCAAGACGCUUGGCCAUCAGAUGAGUGUAUUGUCUAACUCUUUCGCCAUGAAUGAUGGAUACGACCCUCCUCCCACAGCCAAGUCCUUCGGCGAAAGAUCAGCAUUUGAUCACGACGAUGACGACGAUAAUCUCGCGUCUUUGGCGGCCAUCACAAGAUCGCAAAGCCGACAAGUCGACCCUGAAGACUCGGGCAUUGGAACUGGACAUGGCGAUGAGAGUGACUACUCUGAUACGUUCGAAACCCCUCAUGAAGAAGGCCAUAGUAUCGGAGCGUUUGGUGAAGAUCUGGAUAGGGAGGUCCAGGCGCAGACAAAGGCAGCGCGAACCCUUUCCUUGUCGCAACUUACAAUGGGCAGGGGCACCCAGAAGUCUUCACAGCAUCUUCGUCGGGUCAUAUAA